AUGGAAGGUAACAAUUCGCCUACCGGGGGUGAUCGGUCGCAUCCACAAUCAAUUGCGAUAAAUGGGCAGCAGCAAGAUCCAGCAGCUCAGAACCAUUUUCCACCGGCGGGUGUGCAUCAGCAGCAGUCAUCGAAUCCGAUUCUCCGUCCUCCGUUGCUUCCAUCAGGACAACCUCGUUUCCCGCCGAAUUCCCAUCAGCAGACCCAGCAGCAAAACGAGUUUGUUGGACAAUGUUUUCACUUUUUCCAGCAGCUCCAACAGCAGCAGCAAGUAUUCUUUCAAACAAUGCUGUCGUCGAUGAGCCAACAACCAACAUCGAAUCCGGAGCAAAUAUUAGACUCUCUCGCAAGCAACAUACAGGAGUUUCGAUAUGAGCCGGAUGCGAACGUCACUUUUGCUGGCUGGUAUGUUCGUUAUGAGGAUUUGUUUGCUAAGGAUGCAGUUCGUCUUGAUGACGAGGCGAAAGUGCGUUUACUCCUCCGUAAGAUAGGACCGUUGGAACACGAACGCUACACUAGCUACAUUCUUCCAAAGCUUCCAAAGGAUGUCAAUUUUGCGGAAACCGUAAGUAAGUUGAAGAGCUUGUAUGGCACAUCGGAAUCCGUACUGAGUAGGCGCUAUCGGUGCUUGCAAGUCGCUAAGCAUGCCACCGAAGAUUUCAAAACGUACGCAUGCAGAGUCAACAAACUGUGUGUCGAGUUUGAACUAGGCAAGUUAACCGAGGAGCAAUUUAAGUGCCUAGUGUUCGUGUGCGGACUAAAAGCGGAGAACGAUGCCGAGGUCCGAACUAGGUUGCUGAGCAGAAUCGAAGAGAGAGCGGAUGUCACCUUGGAGCAAAUAUCAGAUGAGUGCCAACGGCUCCUCAGCAUCAAACACGAUACAGCGAUGAUUGAGGCAGGACCAAAUUCAGCAGCUGUGCAGGCGCUCAAGAGUAAGCAAUAUGUUGGGAAGCGUGCAUUCCGAUAUGAGAGGCGUUCUCCAGUUUUUGGAUCUUCAUCCAGACCAAGCAGAAUAACCGGAACUGGACCUGGUUCGCCAUGUUGGAACUGCGGUUCCAUGCAUUACUCCAAGGAUUGUCCCUUCAAGAACCAUCAAUGCCGGGACUGUAAGCAAGUUGGUCACAAGGACGGAUACUGUACCAGCGCAAAGAAAGCAAAAAGCCCAGGUACUUCGAAUAAAUGCAACCCAUCUAGGAGGAUGGAAACAAAAAGUGUUGUGGUGAAGAAUGUAAGGAAAAGAAGAAGAUUUGUGGAAGUGCUGGUAAACAACCGGAAGAUCAGUCUCCAGCUCGAUACGGCAUCGGACAUCAGUAUCAUUUCCGAGAAAACCUGGUGUCAGAUCGGUCGACCUACAUCAAGUCUAGUGACGAUCGAAGCUUCAACUGCAUCCGGAAAGCCGCUAAAAUUGGAGUUUCAGUGUACAUGCGAGAUUUCCAUCAACGGCGAGAAACGUCAGGCCCGCUUUUACGUGGUGAAGCAACAUCUCAAUUUAAUUGGUUUGGAUCUCAUCGAUCAAUUCAACUUCUAG